CUGGAUUCAAAGCUCGCGCUUUCUGUUUCAAACUCCGGUUCUCAUAUUCUAAAGGUUUUAGGAGAGAGAAGUAAUAAAAGGCAGAGUUUAAAAAGUAUAUGUUUUUCCAUCUCUAGAGCACUCCAGUCGUUUCUUAUUAACGUAAUCCAAAAGUUAUUUUGUGGCAGGAAUUUGCAUUGUGAUAAGACAAGUUCUAUGUAAAGUUGCUUGGAAGAAACCGUAAAUAUUCGAGCAGGUGGAGCAUCAAUUCCGACAAGUGAAAGGGGGACUUGUCUUUUGGGACACAAUUGUUGCCAGCAUUUGUAUCCCGCUGGUCUGCUUUAUUAAACGCAUAGGGUCCCCACGUUUAACGCGCGUGGUUCUUUGUUUGAAGGACGUUUCCAAAUCAAAAGCCGGCUUUUUCUUGCUUUUUGAGUAAACAUUUUACCUGUCAUUGUGACGUUACCCUAAAUACUGAAAAUGUCAGCUGAAAGAUAUUCAAAAUUGGAUGAACCGUCGCUUCGGAACCUGCUGGAUGGGACGAUGGAUCUGGAUAAGAGACGGCUGAUCCGUUCAGCCAUCAGAGAGCUGAGGAGGAGGGAGAUGGAGGACAUGGAGGCAGCCCUGGCCAGAAAACGCUUCCGACCAACAAAUCUCAGCCAGAACGACAACAAAGAGAACCAACUCACACAUAGGUCAGAAUUGGGGGGCUCCCUAGACGUGCUCUCUGUGAAACUACAAGCCAUCCAGGACAUUGAGGAGCUGACUGGACUGCUGCACGGUGCCAAUGAGUAUGAGGAGAGGAAACUGAUCAGAGCUGCCAUCCGCCGCCUCCGAGACGAGGAGCAGCAGGGUACAUGGGAGAAAGGGAGGACCACCGGCCGAUGUCUGGAGUCUGAGGGCCUGGAGCUCCAAAGCAGCCUGGGAACAGGAGACACAGAGAAGGAGAGGCUUAGCGAGCGAAAGAGAAUCAAGUCUCAGAUCCGGGAGCUACGGAGCCACCAGACGCAGCAGGGCAGAGAGCUGCACAGGACAGACUCCAACUCAGGCAUGGUUCUGGUUCUGGACCCCCUGGUGAGGGAUGAGGUCCCGGGCCCUCUGCUGACCCGCCCACCGACCCGGGACCCUGUGACAUCAUCAGAGCCGGACGUGGUCCUAUCCCACCGCCAGCGUUCUGACUCGACAUCCUCAGAACGCAGCCUGGCCUCCAGGCCCCGUCUGGACUCUGGAGCCUCAGAGAAGAGUCUGGGUCUGGGCUCAGCCUUUCGGACCAGGGUGGACUCUGGAGCAUCAGAAAAGAGCCUGGGCUCAGCCUUCAGGACCAGGGUGGACUCUGGAGCAUCAGAAAAGAGCCUGGGCUCAGCCUUCCGGACCAGGGUGGACUCUGGAGCAUCAGAAAAGAGCCUGGGCUCAGCCUUCAGGACCAGGGUGGACUCUGGAGCAUCAGAAAAGAGCCUGGGCUCAGCCUUCAGGACCAGGGUGGACUCUGGAGCAUCAGAAAAGAGCCUGGGCUCAGCCUUCAGGACCAGGGUGGGCUCUGGAGCAUCAGAAAAGAGCCUGGGCUCAGCCUUCAGGACCAGGGUGGACUCAGGAGCAUCAGACAGAAGCCAGUGUUCCGCCCACAGAGGCAGACUGGACUCUGGGGCCUCAGAGUCCCACUUCAGACAGAGACUGGACUCUGGCACAUCAGACUCCAGUAUGGGACCGCCAGCCCCCCUGGGCUCUGAGACCUCCGACGGCGCAGGGCUCCUGUCACGGAAACGGUUGGACUCAGGGACGUCUGACCUGAGUGUGGGCGUGUUGUCUGUGGGCCGGAGCCGAGUAGAGCAGCCAGAGGUGACCAUGAGUAGCUCCUCCUACAACACAGACUCUGAGGCUGAAAGCACCAACCACCAUCCAGACCAGCCCCAUCAGGACAGCACCACUACCAACCAUUAUCAGCCUGAUGGGGCCGUCCUAUUCAGGAAAGCCCCAGACUCCCACAGUGGCCUGCUCAAUGGCAGUGCCAAGGAAAGAGGAGACAUCCAGGAACAGAAGGUCAGAUAUACUUUACUCACUCCUCUCAGAAAAUCAAAUGAUGCAGUUCCUGAGAAGAAAGAGCCGGUUGUCUUGGCCCCGUUCGGCCGGGCUAACUCUGUGCGGGACUGUAUGCGUAAGUUCACGGAGCCCAGUCCCAGUGUCCCGGUCCUGAAGAGGGGCUCUCAGUCUCUGAGGAACGCGACAGCCCCCAGUGCCCGAGUCCUAGGCAGAGCCACCCAGCUGAGUGAGGGGCCAGCAGCAGGGACAGCCAAGCAGACAGCAGUGACCACAGUAGUAUCCAUCACCACCCCUACAGACAGACCCGGGAGACCCCAUGUAGGCUCUACAUCCUACUCUUCAUCCGCCUCCUCCUCAAAUAACCAUGUCCAAUGCCAGGGCACAGUUCAUCCAGGGGGCGUGGCCACCAAACCUCUGCAAAGCGCUGCUCAAUCCUUGAACGCUGUAGGCGGGGCAAAGCAGGCGGCUGAAAAGCUGCGGCACGCCUCAGGCGGCUCAAAGGAAGACAAGACCCCAGGGAGAGCAUCUGCACAGCGGGACAGCAAGGGAGCGGCAGACCCCGACAUGAAGACCUUCCUAACUAUCGAGAUCAAAGAUGGGCGCACCACCACCACCUCUUCAUCCUCUAGAGGCAACCUGGCCCCACGCAUCUCCACCAACCCCAUAGGUCAGAGAGCAGAGUUGACCCUGGGCCUCAGAGCGACCCCCUUCAAGAUGUCCUCCUCCAGCCUUACCUACGGAUCCUCUUUCAAGAUGGCCUCAGAGCCCGUGUUGGCAGUGGAGCCCUCAGUGCGGGUGGCCUGCUGUCAGCCCCCGGCUGCUGUACCCAACGGCUCCUAUGCGCCACCUCGGGACAAAUUUGAAGAGUGCUCCAGAAAACUGACCGCAGAACAGCUGGCCGCCAUCGACAAUGAGGAGCUCCUGGAUAAAAUGCUGGAUGAGUCCAAGGACUUUGAGGAGAGGAAGAUGAUCCGACAGGCCAUGAGAGAUCUGCGUAAGAGGAAGAGAGAGGCCGAACUGGGAUGUACUCAAGAGGAAAUAGACCAGAGAGAAAAGGAGCGGGAGUUUCGUCUUGCGGAGCUUCGGCAGCAGAGAGCGGAGCAUACUCAGAAGGGUCGUACGGGAGGAGGAGCUGGAGAGGUGGUCAUGAGGAAGGUGGAGAUGUCAGCUGAUGGCUCCACCCUCAGCCAAGUCACCAAGACAGACCGCUUUGCCCAGUCUGGUGAUGGCAGCAGGACAGCUCACAGCACCAUCAUGGAGGCCAGUUAUGUGAAGAAAACAGACGUGGGGACAGUUCAGUCCAAGUCCUACAGCUGCUCCUCCUCUACCUCCAGCAGCAGCUCCACCAGGAAAGUGGGCAGUGUGUUUGACCGCGAGGACGACUCGGUGUCCCGUGCUGCAGAGCGCCGGCAGGCAGAGAAGCGCAAGGAGCUGAUGAGAGCCCAGACUCUGCCCAAGAUGUCCGCCGCACAGUCCCGCAAAGCCAUGAUCGAGAAACUGGACAAGGAGAGCGGAGGGCCAGGAAAUAAAGCAGUUGCCAAGGUGAACACAGUCCAGCGCUCAGCUAGCUGCAUGGUGCCCAAUGCCAACUCCAUCAAACAGAUGCUCCUGGACUGGUGCCGCGCCAAGACCCGCUCAUACCAGAAUGUGGACAUCCAGAACUUCUCGUCCAGUUGGAGUGAUGGCAUGGCGUUCUGUGCCCUGGUCCAUAACUUCUUCCCAGAGGCCUUUGACUACUCCUCUCUCAACCCUGCCAACCGCAGACACAACUUUGAGGUGGCCUUCAGCACUGCAGAGAAGCUGGCUGAUUGUCCCGAGCUGUUGGACGUGGAGGACAUGGUGCGGAUGCGUGAGCCGGAUUGGAAGUGUGUGUACACGUACCUGCAGGAGUUCUACAGGGGCCUGGUGACCAAGGGCCUGGUUAAAACCAAAAACUCUUCCUAGAGUCACACCCCUAGGACCCCAAAUGCACUCAUGGGAAUGUGCCAACUGUAUGCCCCUGUUGGAGGUAGAGGACAUGAUGAUCAUGGGGAGGAAGCCUGACUCCAAGUGUGUGUUCACCUAUGUGCAGUCACUGGUCAAUCACCUGCGCAGGCAUGAGAUGAAACUCGCCAAACUCCAGGGCACCAACCUCUGAUCUGCUCACUGUGUAUCUUCCCCCAUCACACCCCUCUCCUGAGCCCUGGUCCUGAACACCAUCCAUGUCCCAAAAGACAGCAGCCCUGACUCUGAGUGAGGGGUGUUACUGAUUUGCACAUCUCUGAUGGCCAACAGGGUGGGGAGUGUGUAGGUGUUGGCAUCCGUCUUAUGAUUAUCUUUGUUGAUGGUGGUGGCAUGCCAGACAGAUAAAUUCCCUUCCUCUGAACAUAUUUGUUUAGGCUGUGCGAACCUUCCCGUCUUAAUAGAGCAUCUUUAAGCUUUAAUUUAUAUUUUAUACUGAUAUUUAGUUGUACAGCCUAUCAGUCAUAAGGCAGUUCUAUACAUGGUUUGGAAGUCUGAAGAUUUAGCACCAACAAAACCCUACAUUAAAUGUACAUGAGAUAGGAAUUUUACUGUAUUCCCUCACCCACAUUAAUGCCUACAUUUUUUUGUUUUCUGUGACAAUUGCAAAAUGUUACUCAAGCUGUUGACGAGGAUGAAGAAAAAAAAUAUGAUAUGAGGCAUUGUUAAUAUUCCUUCAGUCCCCACUCUGGUACUGUUAAAGGUGUUACCAAAUCUGCUAAACACAUCUAUUUGAAUUGUUUUAAAUAGUGCUUGGUAUGGAGGGAUGUUAAUUAUUAUUUGGUGGGUGCUUAUAUUUAUCCUAUUACACACACGUACAAGUAUUUAUUAAUACGCAUGUGUGAAUUAGAUUAUUUUUUGCAUAUCACAACUCUCCCUGAGACAUCCUCAUGAAAGUGGGAUCACGGCCAGGGUCUGGACCCUGGACCAAUUAGGAUUAAAUGCCUUGCUCAAAGGAUCAGACAGAUUUUUCACCUUGUUGGCUCGAGGAUUUGAACUACCGACCUUUCGGUUACAAGCCCAACACUCUAACCCAGGGAUGGGCAACUCUAGUCCUCAGGGGCCGGAGUGGUGUCACUUUUUCUCCAUCCCUAUCAAACACAGCUCAUUAAACUAACUGUAUUCUGUACUGAAGAUCAUGAUUAGUUGAUUAUUGGAGUCAGGUGUGUUUGCUGAAGCAAAAGUGUGAAACCAAUCAGGCUCCCAAGGAAUGGAGUUGUCCAUCCUUACGCUAACCACUAAGCUAGCUGCUGCCCGAUGUUAUUCUGUAGCUGGCAUUAUGAAAUUGGCGGAUCCGUCUAUGCAGCACUAACGUAGCAGGUGUAAAGAAACGCAUGAGAAGGUUCUACAGAAACCAGAAGCAUCUGGUUCAGGCUUUGUCUCUUCUCUGCUUUUCCCCUGAAAACGGUAUGCUUCCAGGUUCUGCCGACCAACUGAAGGUGAUGCAAAACCGAUAUCUGAAUCUACAGACUCACUGAGGUUGAAGCCAGACUAGGUUGUGAUAGUAGUUGUGAAACUAUAAUUGUGUAUUUACACCACUCAGAAUAUUUACAUAAUGUUGGUCUGUGGAGAAACACCAGUGUUGAAAAGUAGGUUCCAAGUUCCUCUCAGACAGGUAAAAUCACACAUUGGUGUUUCUAGAUUAUCACACCUUUUCUCCUUGUCCUUGCCGCUGUUCGCUACAUUGGGAUCUAAAAAAAAUCUUGGCAUGGGGUUGUCACAUUCACACUGCCAGCAUCAGCCCACCCAGCAAACACAUAGAAACACACAGCUCUUUAAUUAUGCUUGGGUAACAUUUUUGUUGGUGGUCAUACCAUAUGCUUUGAAGUUUUGUUUCAUGAGUCCAUCUAUGAAAAUGUUUGUACAGGCUAUAGGUUAUGGUAAUGUCAGUAUUUGUGGGCUCCCGAGUGGCGCAAGGCACUGCUUCUCAGCUCUAGAGGUGUCACUACAGACCCUGAUUCGAUUCCGGGCUGUAUCACAACCAGCCGUGAUUGGGAGUCCCAUAAGGCAGCGCACAAUUGGCCCAGCGUCGUCCGGGUUUAGUCGUCAUUAUAAAUAAGAAUUUGUUCUUAACUGACUUGCCUGGUUAAAUAAACAUUUGAAUAUGAAAAGGUUUGUUAGAGGCCAACCAUCAAAUGUAUUUAUAAAGCCCUUCUUACAUCAACUGAUGUACAGAAACCCAGCCUAAAACCCCAAACAGCAAGCAAUGCAGGUGUAGAAGCACGGUGGCUAGGAAAAACUCCCUGGAAAGGCCGGAACCUAGAGGAACCAGCCAACUUCCCUUCUCUAAAUUCUUGGGCCCAAUGAAAGCUGGCUUUCAGCUCAGUUGAUUAUGACAGACAGGAGAAUAUUAAUGAUAAAGGCUGAAUGUACUUUAUUGCCCAUGUAUAUUUUCUGAAUUCUAGCUAAAUAAAAAUGUUAUGGUGUCUUUAUGGUUUUAGAACUGGUUUUGAUUUAUUUCACUAAUUGAGACUAGAGAAAUGUACUAAAUCUAAAUUGUCACGUUUCGUAAACAGGUGUCGACUAACAAUGAAAUGCUUACUUAUGGGUCCUUUUCCAACAAUGCAGAGUUUAGAAAAUAUGGUUACGACAAUUUAAUAUUCCGCAACCAGAAAGUUUCCACAAACUAGUUCAUCCUGUACAUACAUGCUUGGACACAGUCAAUUCAAUGUUUCUGUACACCACAAUGAAUGUGAAUUAACAAUUAAA